GAUGUGGGCUGGGCGGCGCGCGGGGAACUUUCGCGCCGGCUGCGAGUGCGGGGCACCGGCUGCGGUCGGGCUGCCAUGGAUCCGCCGGCGGGAGCCGCUCGCCGCCUGCUCUGCCCCGCUCUGCUGCUGCUGCUGCUGCUGCCGCCGCCACCGCCACUCCUGCUGCUGCCGCCGCCACCCGCGAGCGCCCGGCUCGCCGCCGCCACCGAGCCCCCAGGCGGGCCCCCGGGGCACGGAGCCGAGCGCAUCCUGGCGGUGCCGGUGCGCACUGACGCCCAGGGCCGCUUGGUGUCCCACGUGGUGUCUUCGGAGACCGCCCGGGCGGGGGUACGAGCCCGCAGAGCCGCCCCGGUCCAGACCUCAGGCUUGCCCGGAGGCGACGUGCAGGACCCUAGCGGCCGCCUCUUCUACAACCUCACGGUCUUCGGCCGAGACCUGCACCUGCGGCUGCGACCCAACGCUCGCCUCGUGGCUCCGGGGGCCACCAUGGAGUGGCAGGGUGAGACGGGUGACACCCGGGUGGAGCCCCUGCUUGGGACCUGUCUCUACGUUGGAGACGUGGCUGGCUUAGCUAAAGCCUCCUCGGUGGCGCUCAGUAACUGUGAUGGGCUGGCAGGUCUGAUCCGGAUGGAGGAGGAGGAGUUCUUUAUUGAGCCCCUGGAGAGGGGGCAGACGGAUCAGGAGGCUGAGCAAGGCCGAGUGCACGUGGUGUAUCGUCCACCCACUCCCGAACCCCCUCCUCUGGCGGGACCCCAGGUUCUGGACACAGGAGCCUCCCGGGGCAGCCUGGAAAGCCUCAGCAGAGCCCUGGGCGUCCUGGAGGAGCGCAUCAACAGCUCACGGCGGAGGGUGCGCAGGCAUGCUACCGACGAUGACUACAACAUCGAGGUCCUGCUGGGCGUGGAUGACUCAGUGGUCCAGUUCCAUGGGAAGGAGCAUGUGCAGAAGUACCUGCUGACGCUCAUGAACAUUGUCAAUGAAAUCUACCAUGACGAGUCCUUGGGGGCCCACAUCAAUGUUGUGCUGGUGAGGAUUAUCCUGCUGAGCCAUGCCAAGUCCAUGAGCCUCAUUGAGAUUGGGAACCCCUCUCAGAGUCUGGAGAAUGUCUGUCGCUGGGCCUACCUCCAGCAGAAGCCGGACACAGACCACGAUGAGUACCACGAUCACGCCAUCUUCCUUACACGGCAGGACUUCGGGCCCUCCGGCAUGCAAGGUUACAAGCUGAUCUGCAGAUGGAAUAACUCGUAUGUGCGCAUCCGAGGUUGCGAGCCUGAGGAGCAGAAUAAAGGGGUGCGACAUACGCACUGCAUCUCGUAUAUCCCGGUAGCCACCCUACGUGUCACUAGCGUAUCGCAAUUGCGGAUUACACCCAGAGACUCGACGCGAGACACAUGCUUGAAGCACAGCCAUUGCUUUAAAGGUCACUGCAUCUGGCUGACCCCGGACAUCCUCAAACGAGAUGGCAACUGGGGCGCCUGGACUCCGUUCGGCUCCUGCUCACGCACCUGCGGCACGGGUGUCAAGUUCAGGACCCGCCAGUGUGACAACCCACACCCAGCCAACGGGGGCCGCACCUGCUCCGGCCUGGCCUACGACUUCCAGCUCUGCAAUCCCCAGGACUGCCCCAACUCCCUGGCUGACUUCCGGGAGGAGCAGUGCCGUCAGUGGGACCUGUACUUUGAGCACGGCGAUGGCCAGCACCACUGGCUGCCCCACGAACACCGGGACGCCAAGGAGAGAUGCCACCUCUACUGCGAGUCCAAGGAGACAGGGGAGGUAGUGUCCAUGAAGCGCAUGGUGCACGAUGGGACACGCUGCUCCUACAAGGACGCCUUCAGCCUCUGUGUGCGUGGGGACUGCAGGAAAGUGGGCUGUGAUGGGGUGAUCGGUUCCCGCAAGCAGGAGGACAAGUGUGGAGUGUGUGGGGGCGACAACACCCACUGUAAGGUGGUGAAGGGCACAUUCACGAGGUCACCCAGGAAGCAAGAGUACGUCAAGAUGUUUGAGAUCCCCGCUGGAGCCAGACACCUGCUCAUCCAGGAGGCCGACACCACCAGCCAUCAUCUGUCUGUCAAGAACCUGGAGACAGGCAAGUUCAUCUUAAAUGAGGAGAACCACCUGGACCCCAAUUCUCGCUCCUUCAUUGCCAUGGGUGUGGAGUGGGAAUACAGGAAUGAGGAUGAGAGGGAGACGCUGCAGACCAUGGGCCCACUCCACGGAACCAUCACUGUACUGGUGAUCCCCGAAGGAGACAGUCGGAUCUCACUGACAUACAAAUACAUGAUCCAUGAGGACUCGCUCAAUGUCGACGACAACAAUGUCCUGGAAGACGACUCUGUGCGCCACGAGUGGGCCUUGAAAAAGUGGUCUCCCUGCUCCAAGCCCUGCGGUGGAGGGUCCCAGUUCACGAAGUAUGGCUGCCGCCGGAGGCUGGACAGCAAGAUGGUCCACCGAGCCUUCUGCAGCGCCCUGGCCAAGCCCAAAGCCAUCCGCCGAGCCUGCAACCCUCAGGAAUGCUCCCAGCCUGUGUGGGUCACCGGUGAAUGGGAGCCUUGCAGUCAGAGCUGUGGGCGAACCGGCAUGCAAGUGCGCUCCGUACGCUGCAUUCAGCCCCUGCACAACAACACCACCCGCUCCGUGCACACCAAACACUGCAAUGACCACCGUCCUGAGAGCCGCAGGGCCUGCAACCGUGAGCUCUGCCCUGGGCGGUGGCGGGCUGGGUCCUGGUCCCAGUGUUCAGUAACCUGUGGCAAUGGCACCCAGGAACGGCCAGUACUCUGCCGCACCGCCGAUGAUAAUUUUGGUGUCUGCCGGGAGGAGCGGCCUGAGACAGCAAGGAUCUGCAGGCUUGCACCCUGUCCCCGAAACAUCUCGGAUCCCUCCAAGAAGAGUUACGUGGUUCAGUGGCUGUCCCGGCCUGACCCUGACUCACCCAUCCAGAAGAUCUCGUCAAAGGGCCAGUGCCAAGGCGACAAGUCAAUGUUCUGUAGGAUGGAAGUCUUGUCUCGCUACUGCUCCAUCCCCAGCUACAACAAGCUCUGCUGCAAGUCCUGCAACCCACCCCACAACCUCAGCAGCACGGGGGACGCAGGCGGGGAACCUCCCCCCGGGAAGCACAACGACAUCGAGGUGUUCAUGCCCACGCUCCCGGGGCCCACGGUCGCUCCGCCGGGGCAGCCUUCGCCAGGGCCUCCCUUGGAGGUCCCCCUUAACGCCUCCAGCCUCAAUGACGAGGAUCACCCAGAAACCAAUGCUGUGGAUGUCCCCUACAAGAUCCAUGGCGUGGAUGAAGAGGUGCAGUCUCCCAACCUGAUCCCGCGACGGCCGAGCCCAUAUGUAAGGACGAGGAACCAAAGGAUCCAGGAGCUCAUUAAUGCAGUGCAGAAAAAAGAGAAGGCCGGAAAGUUCUAAUAAAAUGGAAAGAUUCGCAUCAACAGCUUUUUCCCCUUGCUUAUAGAUAUAUUCCAUGGGAUGGCAAAUCCUGUGUUGUGGGAGACAAAGCCAAAAUUCCUGCUUCCAGAAAGGUUUGGAAAAUAGCACAAAAGAAUAUAUAUGGGGGGGGGGUUGCAUGUGACAAUCAGCCUAACAUGUAUUUCCCAGGCUAGGAAUGACCUAAAUCUUGUGGUGGUCUUAGGUCUAGAGUGGAAAAGUUCCCUAGUUUCUAUCAAUGUUGGGAUGUCAUGAGGGAUGACUCCCAGAGAGAAAAACUUACUAAGCAGUGGUUGAGAACCUUCAUUUCCUUAGUGAUGAGCAGUCCCCGGCCCAAGGCAUGAGACCACUGGGGACUUUUAAGAGAUUGAUUGUCAGGUUGAGUACAUUGAAGUGGAGGUCAUGAGCCAAAAUGACCUCAGAGGCCAGGCAGAUGAUUGGAUAAGUGUGGUAGCUAGUAGAGAGAGGACUUAACCAACCAGAGAGCAGCGCCCACCUAGGGCUGUUGGUAGCCUCCAGCUGUAGCUGCCAGUGUGGCCUGUGCUCCUUCCCUACGAGCCUGGCCUGGCCAGGCAGACAUCGGGGUUUCCUGUACUCAAAAUUUUUCAAGUUGUAGGGGUGGGAGUAGAAGAUGACCUGGGAGUUUUAGGUUGAGUUUUAGCUGUAACCUCUAGUCUCUGUUUUAAUUGUUAACUAGUUGUCUGGUGCAGUUUCAGCAUCUGGUGCUCAUGGUGGGCAGUGUUUUGAUCUCAGCUGAGCAUGGGUUGUGUACCCAUCUAGUUCUUUCCAGAAAAGUGAUGAGACUCCUAUAAUGGGGGAUAUGAGUUCCAAAUAGAAGCCUUGGGUCAAAGGCAGCAAGGACUUAUCUCUCUCCUUUCCACUCACCUUGGCCUUGCUUGCUGCCUCCCAGGUUCUGGUGGAAGAGCCCUAGUAUUAGGCUCUGGCCAGCCUGGGCCAAGGCCCCAGAGAGGAAGGAUGUACUCCGCAUGCGCUCUCCUGGGAUGACCAGCAUGUGGCCCAAGACCCAGGAUUCUCCCUUUCCUGGGAUCCCAGUAUUGCCACCUGGGUGGUGAGGUGCCAGGCUCUGGGUCCUCAGGUUCAGAGGAUGGGUUUUGCCUAUAGUCUGACCUUGCCCUUGCCCAUUUCCCACCUUUAGAAGGACUAGAACCUGACAACAUGGCCUGCAAUAGGAAGUAUCAGGUGGGGGUGGAAGCCCCACUUUGUCUUUUUCUUUAGAAGCUUAGAUAGCCUUUGUUUGUGGUAGAGUGAUGUUUGGUGAGCCGGCUGUGAAUGGGGGAAAAUAAAAGGCAGUAGGUGGGUGAUAGGAGGGUGGUGAGCUUUGGCUCCUAUUCACUGGCACUUUGUGAGCAUGCCACUCCAAUAUCCCAUAUGGUAAGAGCCAAGGGUACAUUAGUUCCCUGGCUGGGCCUAGCCUAACCAUAAUUCUGAGACUUCUUGUGUGUAGGAAAGUUCUAGAAGCUCUGUGUUCUCACCCAUCGUAGAUCUUAGAUCAUUCUUUCUUAUUGAUAACCCCCAGCCCUGCCAAUCAGAGUUAAGAAUACUAAGACUUGAAUCGAUGCCAUUGUGGCUAACCCUCCAUUGAGUUUCGAGGUGUUCAGUAUGCUUGUGUAAAUGUGUGUGGGGGGGGGGUGGCGGGGGGGAGUUGUCUAUGUGGAUGGUCUGGGAAAGAAGUCAGAGCACAGAGACCAGCUGGACUAAUGUUUAAGACAGUGCUUAACUUUCCUCCCAGAAGGUGGUCAGACACCCCCCCCACACCCAUUCCUUGCCCCCACAUCCCACACAUACUCCUACACUGCCCCAGCUCCCAGAGAACCAAAUUGGAAAAAAGUCCUUUGACUAUCUCUCCUAGUACGUGGUUGAGAACAGUUCUGCUUCCCUGCCUCCUUGUAAACAGGGAAUGAAUCCCAUGGCUGGCCCUCAUUUAUUGAAUCCAGGUCAGCUGGGUUUACUCACAGGCUGAAGAACUGAGUAUUUCCUGUCUUUGGUAGAAUGAGAAGGAACAUUCUAGACUAAUAGUAGCCAGGAUAUGGCUGAGUUACCCAUUCUAAUGGUUGUGAUAUAGAAGCCCCAUGUGGGACAACCCCAGCAAGACAGAUGCCCUGAGAGAGAUGAGGUCCCACAUGACAUCCUUGGUGUCUUGGGCCGUGGGCCUCCAGGUCUCUCUGGAGCUAGUGGUGCUCACACACCUCUGCCCAAGGAACAAACCGUGUCCACCGGGCUCAGAGAAGCUGUGAGUUCCUGAGCUUGGGACGAUUUGGAGAAUGGACUUAGAAGCCACCCUGAGUUUUCAAAGCAGCUCUUAUUUCCAAGGCAUCCUUGUAGUCCUAGAGGCAGAUUAGGUGUCCUCUAGAAGUUUCCAGCACCAUGUUGUCACCCAGACUAUCCUACAUCACACAGAAAAAAACUUCGGAGGCACCUGGGAAUCAUUUUUUAUUCUUAGGAACAAUCAGGCCACAUUUGAAGAAAGCCCUUAGAAAAUCCCAUGGAAUACCAUAUAUAAGCCUCACAUUUGUAUUUUGAGAGUUGUCUUUUUGGGUCUGUUUUAAGUAGAUAAAUGGUGCUCAAUACCAAUGUCUUUGUCCGAGGUAAUAUUCUGACUCUACUCCUGUGUGACAGGCAGCCGCCGAAUGGAGCCAAACACGGUGCUCAACUUAAAUCACAAAAUUUUAUCUGACAACAGCCAUUGAUGCGUCUUUGUUCUGUAUAGUAAAACUUGACUCCUUACUUUCAUAACUUAUUAAAGUGUCUGUGGUUUUGCAAAUCA